CACCAUCAUCAGCAGCAGCAUCAUCAGCAUUUCUCCACUUCUCAUUAGGUGCGCACUGUAAUCCCAGGGGCAUCAUCACCGUGGACAACAACCAUGACAUGAGAUCCUGGUGCUGACAUAAUGGCAGCCAACAGAAUCCGUGCUGCAACUGGUGGAGGCUUGCCCAGGUGCAAGUCAGAGGGGACUCUAAUUGACCUGGAAGAUCAACCAUCGGAGCCAAAUUUCCAUGAUUUAGAUGUGCCUUCUCCAAAUGGCUUGCUUGACAAGGGCUCCCUUACGAUGGAAAACGCCCACGAGGUCGUGGCCAUCAAGGACUACUGUCCCAAUAGCUUCACCACAUUGAAGUUCUCCAAAGGCGAAAGACUCUACGUGAUGGACAACUCUCGGUCUGAAUGGUGGUACGCUCACAACAACAAGGAGAUGGGUUACAUACCAGCCUCCUAUGUGCGACCUGUUGGCUCGUUGACCAGCACCUACAGUGAUAGUGGCAUGGUGGAUCACAUUCCUGAGAGUAAUGGCUACAAGCAGGAAAUGGAUUUGCUCAGCGGUUGGCCAGAAAUCAUUGGCAAGCAGACUAAUUUGGUCGCUGUUAAUGGCAAUCCUUUUCGGCCAAACCUAUCUGCUUCUAAUCCCUUCCUUAACGAUAUAUCUCUGAUGUCUACUGGCGCUGAUGAAGUGCAAAAACCAAUAUCGUCAACUGAAUGGUUUAUGUUCGAUGCUCUAAAACCCAGCAGCAGUAUAAAACACACCAAUAAAUCUGCAACAGACUUAGAUCUGGACUUCUUUGAGCGUCCAGUUACUCGAGGCAACCCAUUCACAAGCAGCAAAAAUCGUUGCUACAGUAUGUCUGAACUGUCAGUGUUGCAGGAGCAGGCACAACCAAGUAAAACUAGCCAGAUGAAUUUCACGUCUACUUUUAAAUCGAUGGACAUUGAGAGCUUUAAAAAUGACAGAGAUGCAUUCAGAACCGCUUGGUUAAACCGACGGAAGCUGGCACGUUCGUGCCAUGAUUUGGGUGCCCUCGAGCAAAGUCCCGGGUGGGGACAGACACAGCCCGUAGAGACACACAUGAUUUGUAGGCUGGACAGCUCUGGGGGAGUCGUUCAAUUGCCAGACACAGACAUUGUUAUUCACAUCCCCGAAGGCCACGUAGAUGCUGGAGAAGACCAAGAGGUCUCUGUGAAAGCAUUGCUUGAGCCACCCUUGGAGCUGAAUAGUGACAGAUGUACCACGGUCAGUCCGCUCAUCGAAAUACGCCUCAAUAAUCUGGACGUGCAUAAAUUCUUUACGCUAGAGAUGAGUGUCGAUACAGAAAUAAAAGACAAAGCUGCCAAAAUAGUUUGCAUGAGGAGUUCACUCAAAGAUAGCUCUUACAUAAAUAUCCCAACUACUUACACGUAUGGCAACACCAUUCAAGUCCAGUUGGAAGACCUGGGACCAUGCACCUAUGUUGUGGCUGUAGCUCAAGCCUCAAGUCUGAAACAUCCAUCCACAAUUUGGGACUGUAUAACCAAACAUCUUACUGUUGGUGUGUAUGGCCCACGGCACAUUCACCCUUCAUUCACUACUGUUGUGGCCAUGUUUGGUCACAAUAGUGCACCAAAAUCUCUCACGCUGAAUGAAAUCACCAAAGGGAAAAUCACUGGCCUUCCGUUGGCGUUGCAGCUCUGGGGCAAGUAUAAAUUUCCCGUAGAGAAACCUCAAGAUGUAAGCUUUUGCCUCUUCUCAAAUGAUGCCAACUUUGAAGUCAAGCGAUCUGGCCAGAACAGUUUGGUUCGAGGCUUCCAGAUGAAGCUGGGUAUGGUGAGCCGUAUUCCAUUCUCUGUCAAUGUUAUAAAUGAGGAAGACAUGCAAGAGUUCACCCUAUGUGUCCAAUUUAAGGAUGACAAAGAUACACUCUUGUCUCAGUUUUGCAUACAAACACCUCAAGUGGCACCAAAACCGGCAAUAAAAACGGGCCAGAGGAGGUUCCUGAAGAAGAAAGAAGUGGGAAAAAUCGUGCUGUCCCCGACUGCCAUCACCGCCAAAUACCCAACAUUCCAGGAUAGACUAGUGCCAAACCUAAAGUACGCCAUAGCCACCAAGACCGUGACCCGGCAGCAAAAACAUCCGUAUCUGCUCGAGUACAAGAAGGGGGACAUGAUGGUGUUGCUGAGUGAGGAAAGGGUGCGCGUGCGUGGGCAGAUUCGCAACAAAGACUGGUUUGUGGGUUUCUACGAUGGCAAGCUGGGUCUCGUCCACUGCCGGAACGUGCUACAGCUUGACAAAGACCGCUCUGGGCUCGCACCUGGGCCGAAGCUUACCACAGCAGUGCUGCUCGAACAGAUGCUUCAGCCGUGCAAAUUCCUGACCUACGUGUACUCCUCGGUGCGUACCCAGCUAAUGGAGAACAUUGGGAGCUGGAGAACAUUCGCAGAUUCCUUGGGAUAUGCUGGUGUACCACUGAGCGAGUUCUGUCGGGUGGAAGUGGAUAAUGAAGCGGAGAAGGUGGCGUGUGUGCUCGAGAAACAAGAGGACUGUAACUGCACCUUACAGUCCAAGAAAAAGAAGUCUUUCCAGAAGGAGCUAUUCACGGCCCUGCUGAAGAUCGACUGCCAGGGUCUAGUGGCACGCCUCCUGCAGGACUUUGUGCUGCUCACCACAGCGGUCGAGGCCGGGACCCGUUGGAGGGAGCUCGCUGAAAAGCUCUCCAAGGCGACGCGGCAGCAGAUGGAUGCCUUUGAGGUCCCUCACCGUGACAAGAAUGGAGAUAUUGACGAUGAGACCAUGUGGAAGCCAGCGUACGCGUUCCUGCUGACGUGGAGCGCGAGGCUGGGCGACAGCUACAGGGACGUGGUGCAGGAGCUGCAUGCCGCACUGGAGAAGAUGAGGAACCCCAUCACCAAGCAGUGGCGCCACCUCACCGGCACCCUCCUCCUCAUACACACCAUGGACAUCCUUCGCGGGGCCGCCUUCAGCUCCCCGAGUUUGGAGGACAGCACGACCUGAUGCGUCAGUGCGUGAGCCAGCGUCACGCAAUUUGGCCUGCUUUUUAAGGGUCGCGGUGGUGAAAAGUGAGGGUUUUAUUUAUUUUUUAUUUUAUUCCAUAAGAACAGACGAAUGUGGAGUGGUUGUGCUGUGUUAACGUGUGGUGACUUUGAGGCUGGUUAGCCAGGACCAAAAAACAUGUUGGGUUUUUGUACUGUUGCAGUCCAGAUUAAUUAGUUUGCAAAAAUCAGUGAGAAUCUCUAAGACUAUAUAUUUUUACUUAAAUAUACCCAUACAAGUACAAAGGCUUACACGUAGUAGCUGUAAUAGUUUCAAUAUUGCAUAUCUUAGUGCUAUUUUUCUAUUCAUCAUUUGUUUUUUACUUUUGCUUUUGUAUGGACUUUGGCAAUAUUGUUUUAAAAAUAUCAAAUGUGUUGAAUGGUUGACACAAUUUAAUGUUCUUUUAUUUAUAACUACUGUAUGUGACUACUUGUAGCAAGGUUUUUUCUUGUAACGAUUGUCACUUAAUUGUAACAUUUAUCGAUUUUUAACAUUGACAUAUUAACAUGCAUUGUGAUCAAAAGUGUAAAUAUGUAUCAAUUACUCAUGUUUAGAAAACAACUCUUCACAGGUGUCACAUUAAGGUAAUAUAACACCUGGAGAGGAAUCAAGCGGUCAUUGCAAUGCAUAAUUGCAUUGUCCCGCAUUUGUCAAAAGGAACUCCCUCUUUGCCGAAGCACAACUGAAUUGACUAUUUGCUAAGAUUUAACUAGUUUUGUGCUAAUGUGUUAAAUUGAUUUGCACAACUCUCAGUGCCAGCUAUAUCAGGCUGAUAAUAAUGUGUAAGGUUAUCCGGUUGUAUGGACAGGCUCUUUUUUGUGCAGUGCUGCUAUAUUGUUACAGUGUUAAAUGUGGAUGUAAUGCAAUGUAGGUAAGAAAAUGUGGAUCUAAAAAACAUAAACAAACCUGAUAAAGAAGCUAUUUUCCCUUGUCUUCUAAAACCAAAUUUACCAGUUACAAAUUCUGCAAUUUUACCCAGAGCUAGACAUGACUGCAUUUGAAUAGAAACAGUUAUUUAUUCAUUUUAGUUUUUUUUUUUAUUCUUGAAAUAGAUUUUUAUUCUUGCCAGUUUGUAUAUAUAUUUUUUAGUAUUUUAAAAUAAAUAUUUGUACAUAACAGUGGCCUUGAAAGUGAUAAUAGAAGCGACAGAAAAAACUAUAUAUUUAGCCUGCUGUAAUUGUACAUUCCUUUGAAAUAUGGGGUAUGUUGUACAAGCUUACAGUGUACAACAUAUUGUAUGGAUCGUUGGAGCGACAGCUGGCUCAUAUAUUUGACCAAGUUGUAUGCUCAUUUAUAAAAUAGGUCAGAUAUAACCCUUGAACAUAGAGCUAUAGACGAUUGCAUGUUAACAUCAGAAAUCUGUAGAAUUAGCAUCAUGCGUCCUAUGUAGUAUAAACACUGCUAGUAAAUGUUUUAAUUAUGUAUGUUACACAUCAAAAGUAUAGUCUAAUUGUUUGCUAAGGUGUGGAUUUUAUCCAUUGUCACAUUGCUACACCUAUUGCUCGAGUUUUAACCUAAGCAUUGCCUCUUGUGAAAGAUAAGUGCCAAUUGUGGUGAACGUGUUGGUGUUUUUUUAUCACGUGCAUUUUCUCGUGGAACAGCUUGAACCAGCUUCUGCUGGGGAUUUUAAUAUACAGUACUGUGCUUUAUGUAAUACAAUUCUGUCUAAACUCGGUAAUCAAGAUUUGUCUCAACUCAUUUUCAAUAAAGGCACUAUUAACAGUGA